AUGGCACCAGCAAUCUACGUCGUGCGCCAUGCUCAGGGCCAUCACAACAACCAACAUCAUCUACGUGAUCCAAACGUCACAGAUCUCGGCCGCACACAAUGCACAAACCUCAGCAACACCUUCCCCAAAUCUUCUCUAUCCACUUCUCUCACGAUCAUGGCUUCCCCUCUUAUCCGCACAAUCCAAACUGCAUGUCUCGGCUUCGGUGAUGUACUGAGAGAGAGACCUGACGUCAAGUUCCUGCUCGUGCCCUUCGCACAAGAGAUCGCCAACCAGCCCUGUGAUAUCGGUUAUCCGCAAGCAGAACUCAAGCAGAAGAUCGCACAUUGGCUAGAUGGUGAGAAUCUAGGCUUUGGUAUCGAGAGAAUGGACUGGAGUCUGGUCGAAGACGGCUGGAAUUCGAAGGCUGGACCGUACGCAGCUUCUCUCGAAGCCGUCACUGCACGUGCUGCCGCCCUUCGAGCAACUUUGUAUGCUCACCCUUCUGAGGCCGUUAUCCUGGUCACUCAUGGCGCUUUCUUGCACUUCUUCACUGCCGACUGGGCCUCUUUCGAUGGUUCCAAGGGAACUGGCUAUGAGAACUGCGAAUUCAGGAAGUUCAAUUGGGAGGCUGAAGGUGGAGAAGGCAUUCACCUGAGGGAAGUUGGUGGUGCAAAGGUCAAGAUGGGUAGACCCCCUGGUGUGUACGCCCACGUUCUGGAGGGCAUCGAGAUGGUGGCAGGACAGAAUCCCAGACAGAUCAAGGUCGGCAAUGGCAAGAUCUAA